AUGGCGGGGAGUUCAAAAGCUGAUAUGGACAGAUUCGCAGAUGGAUCUAUGCUUUUGCAAGUGUCAAACGUAUUUCCCGACAUUGAGAGUGACAUCAUCAGAAAAGACCUCAGUUUUACCCACAGUGCAGAGCAAACAAUCAACAGAAUACUUGAUGGAACGAUUAUUCAGUCAAGCCCACAAAAAAAUAACAGCAGUGGAAGCUAUGCCUGCAGCUCUACUGAUAUCAACAGUGAUAGUGACCUUGACCUUCCACCUUUAAAACUGAAGGUCAAUCCUCGGUGUCCGCCAAGGGGAUCCUAUGGAAAUGCUUCAAAGUAUGACAAUGAUGUCAUAGACCUCUCACAGGACGAUCACAGUGACACAGAUGUUAACUCGGACAGUGACCCAGAACUGCCAGAUUUAGAUAAUCCGACAGGAAAACAUAACAAUGAUGAGAGUAAUGUAGAUUCGUCAAAUCAGAUUGAGAACAUCAGUGCAGCGAAAACACGCGAGAAAAAUAAUUACAAUUUGAAGAAAACCUCGAACACACAUACUCAUACGGAUACUAGUCAUAAAUGUAAUGCUAAUUUGUGUAGUUCCGAAACAGCAUGUGAUUUAGCAGGUGACCCGAGUUCCAAAAUGGUUGAAAAUGAUUUCAGACCUAAUUUCUCUGUACACAUCAGUGAUGAUUCAGAUGAGGAUUAUGGACCACUUACCAACAGACUUGGCUUGGCAGAACGAUGUGGUCUAGGGGCCAAGUCAAGGCUCUUCACCAAAGUGUCGUCUGCUGCUUCAGAUUCAAAAGUUGCACAACAUGAACGAGAUGCAAGUGACUCUUUUGGUUCAGUUCAGGGAGUCAAAAGGAAAAGCAACAUCCUUGUUGACUCCAACCAGGCUGACCAUAAUUGUGAAGAUGUCCCUCAGAAGAAAGCCAAGAAGAAGCGAAGCCCUGAGGAGAUUGCUGAGAGCAAACGACUGGCUGAGGAGAAGCGUGCUGAGCGUGUCAGGGCCCUGGAGGACAAGAAGGCUCAGAAACAGCGAGAGUCGGACAUGAAGAAGGCCUUACAGGAGAACAAGAGGCACUACAGGGCCGGGGACUGUGUCAAGUAUCUCACUGUGUCAGUGGAUCCAGGGGUCAUCAACAGUGGUCAGCUUGGGGCGGGUAUCUUCAAGGCCUGUGGGGAUCUUGGGGCCAAGUGUGUGACUGAGCCCCAGUUUGUCCCUAACACCAUCACAUGGAAGAGGGAAGUGCUGGACUGUAGUCAGGCUACUGCAGUGAAGAAGGAGGUGGUGGAAGAGGAUGUCCUUGCAGUGAUUCCUACACACGACUUUGUAUCCAUGGUAACAAACUAUACACAGAUGCAGCAGGGGCUCGGACAAGCUGGAGCCAUGACGGUGAGGGACUACAUCCAGACACUGCAGAGUGUGUAUGCAGGGAAAGCCAUAUCAGUUUUUGUCAUGGGAAAAGAGAAGUAUUUUAGUGAUCUGAAGCUGUCUAACAAGAGGAACCAUCGUGAGGCUGUGUUGAACGUCGGCGGUGGCGAUGGACAGAGACCGAGGAAGACAAAGAAAGGCGGGUCGGACAGAGUGAUAUCCCGAGUUGAGAUGGAGGAGGCCCUGAUAGAUGCACAGCUCCACACAAACUGCAUCGUGCAGUUUGCAGAGACAAGCCAGGAUGCAGCAGACCUGGUCAAGUCCUUCACCAAAGCUGUUGCAGACAAACCGGCCAAGAGAGAUCGCCUGGAGAACGUAUUUGACUUUCUGGCCGAGGGAGCUGCAGGGGUCAAGGUCGACAAAAAUGGCAACGGGCUGCUCAAAGUGUGGAAACACCAACUGCUGCAAUUUAAGAAUGUUGGUCCGGACAUGGCGGAGGCCAUCAUCGCCGUAUACCCAUCUCCCCGCCUGCUGUAUGAGGCUUACAAGAGCUGUACCACUGAAAAGGAGGCACAGAAACUGCUUGAAAAUAUUGUGGUGCGAAGAGGAGCUGGUGUGCUUGUAACAAAUCGCCGAAUUGGCAAAGAACUCUCAAGAAAAAUUCAUUCUUUGUUUACAAGUACAGAUUCAGAAUUUAUCAUAAAGUAAUAUAAUUCAGUAUUGACUUAGCGUGCAUUAAAGAGAGACUAGGCUCUAGGUUGUCUUUCGUUCAAACUGCACUUUCUUUGUCAGCAUGACUGUUAACUUCAGUUGUAUGAUUUGUUUCAAGGUCACAGUUGAUCAUUGUUAAUUACCCUAAUUACAGAGAAAGUCUCGGGUUUACACAUGGAACUAAAAGCUUGGUCUAGACCAGGACUGGAAAUGGGCCCAAAUCAUGGAGAACAGUCUCUCUUUAAGCAUGUUAAGUGUAAAUUACAGAUUGUGUCACAGGUAGACAAUUACAUAUGACUUUCCACAUUGUCCAGGUCAUUAUCACCUUGUUUCGAUGUCAGAUGUCAGAAACACAAUCAUUACAAUUAUCUCAGUAAACUGUCAAAAGGACAAGUUGUUGAGAACUCUUUCUUUGUAGGGGUUACAGCAGUCUUGACGGGGUGUGAUGACGUAUUUAACACACACACACACACACACACACA